CCACAGAAGAAGGAGGAUCAACAAUCAGAAGCUAAAGCAAGUCCAAAAAAGUCAUCAGAACCCACUAUUGACCUUUUAGGACUAGAUGGUCCAGCUGAAACAUCUGUUGCAAAUGGAGGCACUGCUGCUGUCGCAGCGCUGAAUGAUGACCUGGAUAUCUUUGGCCCAAUGAUCUCUAAUCCUUUACCAGCAGCUGCUGUACCUCCUGCUCAGAGCGCUUCCACUAAACCAGCAGCUGCCACCUUGUCUGCGGCAUCCGGGGAUCUGGAUCUGUUCACUGAGCAAACAACAAAAUCUGAAGAGUCGGCAAAGAAACAACUCUCCAAAGACUCCAUCUUAUCCCUGUAUGGCACGGGAACCAUGCAGCAGCAAAACGCUCCAGGUAUGUUCAUGGGGUCGUCUUCUAUGCCAUUUACCACACAACCGUCAACUCAUUUUCAAGGCUUUCCAGCCAUGGGAGUUCCAGUGCCCGCAGCGACUGGGAUGAUGGGAAACAUGAUGGGACAAUCGGUGCCGGUCUUGGGACAGAGCACAGGCGUGAUGGUAGGAAUGGGAAUGCCCAAUGGAUUUACUGGUACUACACAGACUGGUGUGAUGGGACUGCCUCAGAACGUCGUUGGACCUCAAGGUGGAAUGGUGGGACAGAUGGCCACGCCACAAAACAAGUACGGAUUGCAACAAAACCAGCAGGCUCAGUGGAACCUCUCUCAGAUGAACCAGCAGAUGGCCGGAAUGAACCUCAGCACUUCCAGCAACGUGAUGGGCUUUGGGCAGGCCCCCAGCACAGCGGCGGGGUGGACCGGCAGCUCCUCGGGUCAGACUCUGAGCACACAACUGUGGAAAUGAAAGUUGCAAUCGAACCCCCUCCCAGAACAGCCACCUGACAUUCCCCAUUCAAAACAAUUUUACUUUCGCUGUUCCUCCCAUGUACAUACUCUUUUUUUUUUUCCCCCAGCUGUUCAGAUUAAGAAUAUAACUGACUGACCGUGGUGUGGUCUAUAUUGAUUUAAAUUUGAUGUAGUGAAAGCAGAUCAAGAAUACAUUUAUACAUCCUUGGCAGCGUUUUCAUACAAUGCAUACGAUUCAUAGACCAUAUAUUUAAGAAGCUGCUUAAGCACAUACUGAUUUCCCCCCUCCCCUCAAAAUUCUAGAUCAAAUGUUCGCAUAUAAGGGAUGUAGCUAUCAUGUUAGUAAUAUCCAAAAAUAUGAACCCCGACCCUCCCAAAUUACCCAGUAAUCCUGUAGAAGGUACUGUAUGAACAACCGUUUAAUCAUAUAUAAAUAGAAUGUAAAUGUAUCACUGAGCAAUGUUUUCUAGUGUAUCAAACAAAUUUUGUUUCAUCAUGCAUUUCACUGUGAUGUUGUUACGGUGUGCGUACCAGGGAAUACGGUUUAUUGAAAGAAAGAUAAACCUGGAUGUUACUGUCGUUCUACAAAUCAAUAGUUUAUUCUUUUAAAAAUGAGCGUUCGAUCCAUUUGAGUUUCCUGCGAUAAAGCAUCCAAUCUGGCUCACGAGGCACGUACACAGUAUUAAUGCCGAGAGCGAGCGGCACAUGACGUACACAAGGUAACUCGAUGUGAACAGAUAGAUUUUUUUCCUCGCAGAGAUAUCCAGGUUUAUGACAGUGAUUGUGUUUACAUUUUAUGGUGCCUCGUAAUGAUAAAAUGUUAUUUCCCUAUAUUAAAAGGAUAAAUCCAUAAA